AUGCCUCCCAAAAAGAAUCAAAGACCUCAAUCUACCCAUGAAUCUGGCCAAAUCAUUAACGAUCCUCGAUUCAGUCGUAUACACAAUGAUCCUCGUUUUUUACGUCCCAAGAAGAAAGAUACCAAAGUCAAGAUCGAUAAACGUUUUCAGUCCAUGUUGACAUCCAAGGAAUUUGGUACUGGAUCAGGACUGGACAAGUAUGGUCGUCCCUUACAAGCUGAUACUGCGGAAAAAGAAUUGAAACGAUUUUAUCAUAUUGAAGAUGAAGAGGAAUCUGAUAGUGAAGACAAUAAAUCAGUGACUGAACUCGAACGGGAACUCUUGGCGGAUGAAGGUAAUCUGGAAGACGAGGAAUCCUCUGAAGAUGAAGACCAACCCAAGCUGGCUUUUGGACAAAAAGGGUAUGAUCCUAUGCGUGGUAAAGGUAUCAUUGAUGAAUCCGAUACCUCUGAUGAAGACUUGGAAGCUGAAGAAACAUCUGAGGAAGAAGAUGAUCAAAUACCUCAUAUUGAAAGAGGAGAAGAAACUCGUCGUUUGGCUUUGGUAAAUAUGGACUGGGAUAAGGUCAAAUCAAUGGAUAUUUUCCAAGUAUUGAAUGGAUUCAAACCAAAGACUGGUAUUAUUGAACGUGUAUCUAUCUACCCUUCUGAAUUUGGCAAAGAAAGACUGGAAAAGGAAGAACGUGAAGGUCCACCCAAAGAUAUCUUCAAAUCAACAACCGACAAUGAUGAUAACAAUAGUGAAAGUGAUGAUGAUGAUGAAGAAGUCACUGAAAAAACAAUAAUUCGAGAUCAACUGGAAGAAGGUAUGGGUGAAGAUUUUGAUCAAGAAGCACUUCGAAAAUAUCAAUUGGAUCGAUUACGAUACUACUAUGCCGUCGUUGAAUGUGAUUCGCCAUUUACAGCCAAGAUUAUUUAUCAAUCAUGCGAUGGAAACGAAUACGAAAACAGUGCCAACUUUUUUGAUAUGCGAUAUAUACCUGAUGAUAUGACUUUUGAUGAUUGUCCUCGUGAUACAUGUACUCAAGUGUCUGAUAGCUACAAACCAUUAAAAUUCACCACUGAAGCUUUACAACAUACUCGUGUCAAGUUAACCUGGGAUCAAGAUCAACCUGAACGUGUUCAAAUGACCCGUCGUGAAUUUACUGAAGAUGAUCUGAAGGAGUUGGACUUUGAUGCUUAUCUGGCCUCUUCUUCUGAAAAUGAAGAUUCGGAUGAUGAUAAUGAUGUGGAAGCCAUGCGUGCCAAGUAUCGAAAACUUUUAGAAAAUGUGGAUACCAAUGUAUAUGAUGACAAGGGUAGCGAUAAUGAAGAUGGCGAUAUGGAAAUUACGUUCACUCCUGGUCUUAGUGAAAAGACGGCUGCUGUAGAAACUGAUGAUGAGGAUCAAGUUGAAAAGGAAGAAACAAGUAUUGAAAAAUAUAUGCGGAAACAAAAGGAAAAGCGAUUGGCUAAGAAGGAAAGACGUGAAGCCAUGACUGAAAAUUCUACUGAAAAGAAGAACAAGAAGAAGAACAAUUUGGUUGAAUCCUAUGGUGAAUCUGAUAUGGAUGAAGAUUUGGACAAUGAUGCAUUCUUCAAGGAAGCUCGUGAUGAAAUGGAACAAGAAAGUACCACUCCUGCUGGUAAGUAG